GAGAAGAGGAUCUUCCAGAUACCGUGGAUGCACGCUGCCCGUCACGGCUGGGACCUGGAGAAAGAUGCUCCGCUCUUCAUGAGAUGGGCCAUCCAUACUGGUAAAUUUCAGCCCGGCACAGACCGUCCAGAUCCCAAGACGUGGAAGGCUAAUUUCCGCUGUGCCAUGAACAGCCUGCCGGACAUCGAGGAGGUGAAGGAUAAAAGUAUCAAAAAGGGAACGAACGCCUUCAGAGUCUAUAAGAUGCUGUCCUCGUCAGAGAGGAGCAUGAAGAAAGGAAAGAAGAAAACAGACAAGGAGGGGAAGCCCAAGGGAAAUAAAGAGAUAGCUUCUCCAGACCGGACUCUUCCUGCCGCUUACAGUGGACCUCUUGACUACACCAAACAGGAAGCCAUCAAGCAGGAAACAGUAGAGCUUACCGUGAUGGACAGCGCCUCAGCCAUCCACAGUUCUGUAGAAGACCAUGUGAUCACCAGCGAGCAGCUGCCAUUCGUCUGUCAGACGAUUGAGGUGACCACUGAGAACGAAGAGCAGACCGUUAGCUCCUCCCACUCGUACCCGCUCCAGAUAUCUCCUGUGUCUUCAUGCUGCGCCAGUGAAACAGACAGUGACACAGAAGACACAAAAGAGGGUGUCAGCGCAGUCCUGAGGCGGGACUACAGCUCAUCAGUUCUCAGGGUUCCCACAUUCCCUCUUCCCGGCAUGGCCACUUUCGUCACUGCGAGCAAGCCAAACUUCAGGGUCACCAGCACACGGGACCCGGCCCCCCUCAUCAGCUACCACACUGAUGGCUGGACGCCGGCCUACAGCCAGAACUCUCUCGAGUCUGCGGCAGCCAGCCACACCCAUGAGAUGCGCGCAAGUGUCAUUAUGAAAACCUCUGAUGUCACUUCCUCCUGACCUCUGACCCCAGAUGAAGGAGUAUCAUCAUCAUCACCACCACCACCACCACCGCUUUCAGGGCAUAGGAACGACAGAGAUUGCUCCAUCUCUCUCUAUCAGGGCGACAUGGAGAGAACCUUUGAUUUUAUUGUAGCUUCUGUCCGGGCCAUGACUUCUCUCACUUUUCCUUUUAAUCGGUGAGCUCGCUGACCGGUGUUAACUAAAUUAGCCAUGGUUUGACUUGCUCACUCUUUGGUGAGCACUUGAGCCCAUUUGCAGACCAUCUGUGUCCCGUGUCCAUGAAUUAUAUCUGGCCUUUCAGACACUGUAAUCAUCCACGUGUCACUGGUAGAUCAUUUCCUCUGCUGCUUUGUGCUGACACUUUAGCAUACACUAUGCCAAAUAAAAGACCACUUUUAUCUAAUGAAAGUCAAAUUAGCUUUAAAUUGUAAAAAUGUAUUAAUGUUUUUUUAUUGCACAACCUGUAGAUGAAUAUAUUUUUUUAAUCCGUCAUCUCUGAGCCGGUGUUGCCUAGCUGUAGGUUUUAAACUGCGUCCUCAUAAAUCCACUGUUUUUAUUUUGCUGCACCUAAAACCUUCAACUUUUAUGUCAAACAGUCCUUAAUAAUUCAUCACAGGAAUUAGUUUUUGUAUUUUAUAUACAUUUUUCAAAUCUCCUUCAUAAAGCUGGCAGAUUUAGCCACAUGUAAUGUAAGAUGAUUCAUCAUUAAGUAUUGGUACCUGCUUUUUUUAAAAUAGUGUGAGCUCAAGUGUUGGCAUGAAACAUGGCACUAAAUGCUGGGACACAUGGCUGGGACAAAGAUUGUGUAUUUGUUCGUAAGCAAUGAACACAAGCUUUAAUGAGAGCAAGCUGCAAAAACAAUCACAGGUGAGUUGUUUUAUCAAGAUAAAGAAUAAAGCCCUGAUAGAGCCUGCAGUGGAAAGCAGGUGCGACCGUAUCUGUCUGUCUGUCUGUCUGGAGACCUCAGGACAAUAUACCCGCCAACACACAGACAGAUGAACAGACAGACAGAAUGACAGACUCACUGACAGACAGACUGACAGACUGUGAACUAUGUAUUCGUGUCUUCUCCCUUCCUCUGCCUCCUGGUGUUAAUAAUGUACAUAGCUCAUAUGUAUGUAUGCCUGCAAGCCGCUUCAGCACCUUACGGACAGCACUGGUGUGUGUGAGUGUGUGUGUGUGUGUGUGUGAGAGAGAGAGAGAGAAAGGGAGAGGGGGAAAGAAAAAGCCUUAUUGAAGAUGUGUGCCUUUUGAUUCAAAUGGCUGGAUUCAAACUAUCUGUGCUUUAGUCUGCUGGUGAGCCGUGCAGGUAGCUUUCAGGAAGUAUAUCCGGCCCGAUGUGGAUUGGGACAGCAGCGCAGCGCUUUAGUGGGGGGAGCGUGGGAGACGUGGGCUAUGUUUUUAUGCACAGAGUCUUGACCUGGUUAACUUGAGUCACCGUUGGGGAAGUGAGUGCGAUCUGCAGUUGAUUCUGUGCAGUUGAAGUGCACAUCCUGGCAGUGAUAACACGGAGCGGGGAAGUGUGGGCUGGAGCUACAUCCCAGAGGACUGUCCUCAGCAGAGGCUGAGCUCUCUUGUUCAUCACUUGUUUUUAACUGUCUAGUCUCUUAGCUCUAAACGUCCCGUUCCCCAGUCGACCUCGGUGCACUCAGUGGCAGUCUCGUGUUCACCUCUCUAUUCUUCCUUGUUUGGAGCGCAGCAGCCAUUAGCCUUAAUCCUGAUGUCUCGAAAAUCUUAAAGUAAUAUAGACACAGAAUGAUGAGCUAUGGCAGCAAACGGAAGAUAUUUCUUUUUUUUUGUGUGUGUCAUUUUUGGAGCAAGCUCAGUGGUUUUAUUAUUAUCUGGCAUAAUGUUAUUCACCUAAAAAAGUACCAGAAUAUGAAAUGUUCAUAUUAGGACCCCUUAGAGUUCUCAGUUAGGAAAAAGUAUAUAAAAGAAAGCUACUUGUGUUGGCAGCAGGCAGGCUAAAGCACAGGCUGCCUUCAGCAAACUCCAGUGGGAACAGCUCUGAACGUUCCUGUAGGAAAACAAUAGGACGAACAGGAAUCUGCCAUGAUUUUGAACCAAAGCACUAGAGAUUUACACUGGAUGCACAUUACUAUCAUGGCAAAUUUAUUUAAGAUUCUUAACGAAUCAGUGGGGUUAGGGCGAGAAUAGGCAUUGCUUUACCAAAUGUUUCUUUCAUGUGCCUUUUAUUAGAAUCUCUCAUCACAUGCUUCUAUUUCUGCGUGGUUUCACUUCAUCAUAGUUCUCAAGGGGCUGCAAUACACAGCCAAUAUUUAAAGCAUUGUAUGCUGAUUAUUUUGUCAGCAGCCGUCACAAACGCCUGCUCUUUUCUUUUUGCUAACCAUGCAUUUGUCCUUGUGAGCCCUUUUUUUUUUUUAAUCUUCAGCCAUGUCACACCAUCCUCUCUGAGCACGACAUUGGAAUAACAGUUGGGAUUUACACAACCCUGUAGUUGUAAAGAUCAAAUCAGAUGCUGUUAAUUCUUUGUGAGACUUAAAUGUGCCUAAUUACUAUUACUAAGUGUCGCUUUGCAUAUUAACAACAUGACCUAUAUUAGGCCUUUACACUAGGGCAAAUGUCUGAAGUUCAAUUAAAGUUUAUGGUUUCAAUAUGGAAGUUGGGUUGAUUUAACUGAUCGUAUAUUCAGCUGUUCUAUAAUUCACAUUGCCUCAAAGGCCUGUCUGUGUUAUUAUAAAGAUGUCUACCAAGGAAUUACUAAAGUGCACUUAUAAGUAGAGUUCGCUUCUGCUUUGUCGUGUGUGUGUGUGUGUAAAAGGGACAUCAUUGCAGCCAGAAGUCAGAAGGAGUGAAAGUUGUGGUGGAGAUGUAAUAAUGCUAUCAAAACGUGCUCUAUCAUGUUGUUUGUUUAGCCUUCCAACCUGUUUUUCUUCAUGUGAUCAGAGCCGCUGAUUCACCGUUCAGUUCAAACCGAGGUGUGUCUCUGUCUGGUACCAUAAAGGACAAUAUUACCAUUCAGUUCAAAGAAGGAAAAAGAGGUAAUUGCUUAUUCACAAUGCGGCAAAGAUGUGUUCACUGCUACAUGUCACAACUGUUUAUUCUCUGUACAUUAUGAACACGUGAAUCAAUAUGUAAAUCUGAAUAAAGACUUGUUUUUGUAUUUA